UCUCAAUAAUUGAUGUUCAUUGCUCUAAUAUAUUAAAAAAAAAAAAUACUAGUAGUAAUUUUUUUUGACUGGUGAAAUGAGUAAUGCAAGACAACGGUGUCACUCCAGCAGUUGCAGAUGGUAUAUACCUUUCUCUAUAAUGGCGCCUUGCCAAGAUAGCCUUUGAGAGUGAGCAAAGAAUAUAAUUCUCCAUUUUCGACUAUUUAAUGAGACUGCAUUAUUCAUUGGCCAAACCCUUUAUCCACCGCCUCUCAAAUUCGUGAUUUUGAGAUCUCUUGUAUAAAGGAUUCAACAUUUUAAGCUUUCACUUUCAUCGCCAUUUUCCCCGCAGCAAUGGCUCCAAGAUUGAAUCUUUUUGAGUGGUGGGGCAAAGAAACGCCGCGAGGGACGCCGGUGAUAGUGAAGAUGGAGAAUCCGAGCUUCUCCAUCGUCGAGAUCGGCGGCGCCGACGCCGCGUUCAAGCCGGUGGAGAAGAGCCGCCUCAAGAACGCCAAGCAGGUGAGAUGGAUCCUCCUGCUGAGAGCCAGCCGCGCAGCCGCCGCCGUCGCGCGGGGCCUCGUCGCCGCCGGGGGGAAGCGGAUAAAGGGAGUCGGCGCCGCCAACGAGAAGCUGGGGAAGGGCAAACUAAUGCUGAAGAUAAUCAAACUGUUUCUACUCGCCGCGCUGGCUGCUCUAGCCUUGGAAGCGGCGGCGCACUUCAAAGGCUUGCAUUAUUAUCCGGAGAAACCUCGUAUCAAACUUCCUCGUACCUCCGACGACAUCGAGGGCUUGUUCCGGUCCAUCUACGCCGCGUGGCUGGAUCUCCGCCGCCAAUACUUGGCCCCUUUCCUUCAGUCCCUCUCCACGCUCUGCGUAGCUCUGUUUACGAUACAGUCUCUGGACCGUCUGAUUCUCUGCCUCGGAUGCUUCUACAUCAAGCUCAAGAAGAUCAAGCCCACCAUCAACGGCGACCCUUUUCCCGGCCGCGCCGCCUUUCCCAUGGUUCUUGUCCAAAUCCCCAUGUGCAAUGAGCGUGAGGUGUAUGAGAUGUCGAUUUCUGCAGUGUGUCAGCUAGAUUGGCCUAAAGAGCGUCUGCUGAUUCAAGUUCUCGACGAUUCCGACGACGAAUCGAUUCAAUGCAUGAUCAGGAAUGAGGUGACGAGGUGGAGGGAGAAAGGUGUCAACAUCAUCUACCGCCAUCGCCUCGUUAGAACUGGCUACAAAGCCGGGAAUCUCAACUCCGCCAUGAGCUGCGACUACGUCAAGGAUUACGAAUUCGUGGCGAUUUUUGACGCGGAUUUCCAGCCGGCCCAUGAUUUCCUCAAGCUCACUGUCCCACAUUUUGAGGGGAAGCCGGAAUUAGGGCUGGUGCAGACGCGUUGGGCGUUCGUGAAUAAAGACGAGAACUUGCUGACUAGGCUGCAGAACAUCAACCUGUGCUUCCAUUUUGAGGUGGAGCAGCAGGUGAAUGGUGUGCUGCUGAACUUCUUUGGGUUCAAUGGGACGGCCGGCGUGUGGAGGAUCGAGGCGUUGGAGGACUCCGGGGGCUGGCUCGACCGGACCACCGUCGAGGACAUGGACAUUGCUGUCCGAGCACAUCUCAAGGGAUGGAGCUUCAUGUACCUCAAUGAUGUCAAGGUUUUGUGCGAGGUGCCGGAGUCGUUUGAGGCUUACCGGAAGCAGCAACACAGGUGGCAUUCCGGGCCUAUGCAGCUCUUCCGCCUCUGCUUGCCUGCUGUGGUGAAAUCAAAGAUAUCCAUAUGGAAGAAGGCAAACUUGAUAUUGCUCUUCUUCCUAUUGAGGAAGCUCAUCCUCCCAUUCUAUUCCUUCACAUUGUUCUGCGUGGUGCUGCCCCUAACGAUGUUCGUCCCGGAGGCCGAGCUGCCCGUGUGGAUCGUCUGCUACGUGCCCGUGGUGAUGACGGUGCUCAACAUACUCCCCGCGCCCAAAUCCCUCGCCUUCAUCGCCCCCUACCUCCUCUUCGAGAACACCAUGUCCGUCACCAAGUUCAACGCCAUGGUCUCCGGGCUGUUCCAGCUAGGCAGCUCGUACGAGUGGAUCGUCACCAAGAAGGCCGGUAGGUCCUCGGAGCCGGACCUGCUGGCCGCCUCGGAUAGAGGCGUGAAAGCAUUUCAUGAUGAUGAUCUGAGCCCUUUGGAGGAGCAGAAGGGACAACAAAGUGUGAAGAAAACUAACAAGAUUUACAGGAAGGAGUUGGCUCUUGCUUUCCUGCUGCUAACUGCUUCAGUUAGAAGCCUCUUGUCAGCUCAUGGACUCCACUUCUACUUCCUUCUCUUCCAAGGCUUUGCAUUCCUCCUCGUCGGCCUCGAUUUAAUCGGAGAGCAAAUGGCCUAGACUCAUUUAUUCAGCAAGUUUACACACACUCAUACAAUUUUUUUCCUUACAGAUUGAAGCAAAUUCAUUUUUCCCCCUCAAAUUGAUAUGAUCCAUCUCUCACACAUCUUUGUUUGUGCUACAAUGUUCCAUAUUCACAUCCCACUAUUGUAAAUUCUUGAUCAUGAUGAGCAAAUUAACCAUCUUUCAUGUGCUCUUA